AUGGGCAACUGCAACCACACUCCAACCGAUGGCCUCGAGGCCCUGUGCCACUUCCUCUGCCAAGUCGACCCCUACAGCCUCAUUGACGAGGUCAAGGUCCAAGGCCCUUCUCUCCUCUUGGGUGCGGAAACUGUUAUCGACGACCGCGCCACUCUCCUCCGCGACAUCUGUACCCGCAUCGACGCGUUCACGAUCAACCUCGUCGCACUGGCCGAACCCAAGGUCCCUCUUGCCUACGCGCCCGACGUGUCUGCGAUGGACGCCGAAUUCAGGAAGAUCGAUACCGUCGUCGUCGCCUAUGACAGCUGCCUCUCGCUGGAAGCAUUUGAGGCCUUGUGGGAGGACUGCGCUGCCGUGACUCGCAAGAUGAUUGCCGACAUGACGUCUGCGUCGGCCAAGGUGGAAUCGGCCGCCAUACUCGAGUUUAUCGAGGGCGGCGUCGCCGUUGCCACGACCGCUAGAACUCGUCUCGAGCCGCUUCAGCUGGAGAUGAAGACCUAG